AUGAGAGUGGACGCUAAAAUAGUUAUAAUAGGAUGCGGGAUAUCAGGUGUAUCAGCGGCACACAGGCUCGUUGAAGCUGGGUUUCAUCAUGUGCGGAUACUUGAAGCGAGCGCAAGAAGCGGGGGACGAAUAAAAACAGGCAGACUGGGUGAUAAUAUUGUUGAGAUCGGGGCAAACUGGAUUCAUGGACCGUCCAAUGAAAACCCAGUGUUUUGCCUGGCCCGUCAGUACGGGCUCCUGGAUCCAGAGGCCCUCAACCCAGAGAACCAGGCCGCGGACGUCGGAGGACAUCCCCCCUGGGUUCCCAACGUCUUCAGCAGUUCAGGUCGGAAGCUGACUGUUGAGGACAUCCAGCCUGCUAUAGAGAUGUUUGCUGAGCUGCUGAAUGAAAGUUCAGAAUUUCAGAGUCAAGGAGGAGAACCCUGGCCCUGUUUGGGAGAUUUCAUACGGUCAGAGGUGCAAAAACGAGCAGCAGAUAAGUGGAAAGAUAUUGAUGCAACCUCUAGAUCUCUGCAACUGUGUGUGAUCAGUAACAUGAUGAAGGUGGAGUGCUGUGUUAAUGGGUCUCACAGCAUGGAUGAGAUGGGCCUGGGGGCCUUUGGCCUGUACAAGACUCUACCUGGACUGGACUGCACAUUCCCAGGUGGUUAUGAAGGUCUAAUCAAAAACCUGAUGUUGGAGCUUCCCAGUGGUUUAGUGACCUACAAUAAGCCUGUGCGCUGUGUCCACUGGAGCAACACAGAGAAGAAAGAAAACCCUGUGGUGAUUGAGUGUGACACUGGGGAGAGGAUCGCUGCUGAUCAUGUUGUUGUCACUGUACCUCUAGGAUACCUUAAGAAGCACCACUCAGCCCUGUUCCGGCCUCCCCUCCCUCUACACAAGCUGCACUCCAUCCAGAGACUAGGUUUUGGGACAAACAACAAAAUAUUUGUGGAGUUUGAUUCGCCUUGGUGGGAUGCUGACUGUGAGGUCAUCCAUCUCGUGUGGGAAGAUGAGGAUGUCAUGGUGGACCAGGUGCCAGAUGUACAGAGAUCCUGGAUAAAGAAGUUGUUUGGCUUCACUGUGCUCAAACCCACUGAAAGGUAUGGCCAUGUUCUGUGCGGCUGGAUCGCUGGGCACGAGUCAGAGUAUAUGGAGACACUGUCUGAACAGGAGGUCACACACAGCAUCACACAACUCAUCCGCAGGUUUACAGGGAACCCUACAAUCACCCCAAGGAGAAUCCUGCGCUCCCAGUGGUUUCAAGACCCCUGGACAUGCGGAUCCUACAGUCACCCAGCAAUAGGCUGUUCAGCGCAGGACCUGGAGAACAUGAUGGAGCCUCUGCCCACAAAGGGAUCACAGUCACGGCCCCUGCAGGUGUUGUUUGCUGGAGAGGCUACUCAUCCCUGCUAUUACUCCACCGUCCAUGGAGCUGUCCUCACUGGGUGGAGAGAAGCUGAUCGACUCAUCUCUCACUACUCCUCCGUCAGUCCGUCAGAGCCACCCAAGUCAAAACUUUAAAAGAACAACGCUGCAAUGACAUAAAAAGAGAUUUAUAACUUUAUGGCAGGAAUUGUGAUUCUGAUAAUGAUGUUAUUUCAUUAAAUACAUUAAGGAUAAAGCUUUAAAUCAACUGAUGAAAGGCAUCUUUAUAUUAGGUAUAUUUUUACUGAUGAAAAAUCAAGGAUGAACUUGAAAUGACACAUGUUGUAAUCGUGUACAAAUCAGUUCAUAACAGUUAUAAGAAUUAAUAGUAACUGGCUGUAACUAUAAUUGUAAAUAUGAUUAAUACAUUAUACAGUUAUAAAUACAUUCAUAAGUCAAUCAGUAAAUGAAUGUGCACAUGAAUGUGCAAAACAAAAUUCAUGUACUAAUUAAAAUGUUUCCUUACUUUUUGAACUUACACAAACUUGGUUCUCACAUUAUGAUUAAUUUUGAAUGAUUUGUUGAAACCAUAGAAAGGUUGGAUUUUAAAAGGUAAAGCCUAUAUAAAAGUGUGUAAAAGCACUACAGAUGUUCGACUAGGAACCGAACAAGGUUGAUGUUGAGACUGAAUACUGUAACACCAGAGUUAAACAGCCAUCUGGGUUUUGUGAUCGUUGUUAAACCGAGGAGUCAUUAGAGCACACACUAUGUGUAUGACAAAAAUAUUCUGCAGAAAGAAACACACCAAAGGGCAACCCAGAAAGUUUAUAUUAGAAGAAAUGAGUUUGAAUGUUUUAUUUAACCUUGGCUCAGGGAUUUAUGACAGCACAUUUGCUAAACAAAACUAUAAGCCAUUUUUCAGGGCCAUCUAAGAGUUACUCCGGCCAACACUCCAGCAUAGUAGGUGCACCUUAACAUUGGUAGCCACCCAACAUUAAAUGGUAAAAAAAAAAAAAAAAAAAA